CAACGUAACCCCGCCUAGACCUCCAUCAUGCCUCCGUACUGCAAGAUUGCUGUCAUCCAGCUGUACGUCAAGCCCCUCAAACCGGCUGAUAACUUCGCCCGGGCAGUGCAAUUCAUCCGCGAGGCCGCUGCCCAGGGCUGCGACCUGGCCGUACUGCCCGAGUUCCAUUUGACCAACUGGAUUCCGACCGACCCGAGAUUUGCGCGUCUAUGUGAUGACUGGGAGAGCUAUGUGCAUCGAUAUCAGGCUCUAGCCAAGGAAUGCAACAUCUGUAUCGUCCCCGGGUCCAUCGUGCGCCCUGUAUCGGCAUCACCACGCGAGCCAUCAGCCUCACCCACCGACACACCCGCUCCAGCCCUGGAGAACGUCGCUUUCUUCAUCUCCAACACGGGGGAGAUCCUCGGAUCCUACGUGAAAAAGAACCUCUGGGGACCUACCGAGCGAGCAUACCUUCGGUCCUCGGGCGACAGCCCGCACCAAGUCAUCUCGACCCCGUUUGGCCCCGUAGGCUUGCUGGUCUGCUGGGAUCUAGCCUUCCCCGAAGCCUGGAGAGAACUAGUCUCCCAGGGAGCGCAGAUAAUCAUCGUUCCGACCUUGUGGACCCGCAACGGAGCCUCCGAGGCAGGUCAUCGUCAGAACCCAUCAGCGCCAUCCCUGUUCCUUGACAGCAUUCUCACUGCACGCACUUUUGAAAAUACCUGCGCCGUGGUCUUUGCCAAUGCAGGCGGACCUCCGGGCAGAAACUACUGCGGUCUUUCCCAGAUCAAUAUCCCCUAUGCCGGGCCGUUGGUUCGUUUGGGGACGUCAGCCGAAGGCAUGGGCGUCGCUACCUUGGAUUUGGCGGUGCUGGAGGAUGCAGAAGCAAACUACGCCAUUCGCAAAGAUUUGGCCGAUCCUUCCUGGCACUAUAGACAUACUCAGCGGAGUCUCGCGGAGUCGUCGAAAGGGAAACUCUAGAUAGAAUGAAUCAGUGUAUGAUGGGUGUAGAUAUGAGUGAGGACACGGUUUGGCUGAGUGAGCUUUCUGCAUGGAUUGCCACAAGUGGGGGGGUCGUGGUGAACACAGAGUAGAAAUCAAUGGCAUUCCU